UCGAUUGGCUUUGCCGGCAUUUGAAAGUGAGAUAUUUUUGUGAUGACCAGUUACCAUUCUUUCUUUAAAAGAAAAUAUUUCAUUUGGAGACAUGUUCCUUAAAGUUGUUCUACACUUCAAUAUAUCACAUAACAUAACAACAUAGUAACAUAGUACUACCAAUUAUGGGAUCUUCCUUGAGUUGUUGUGGCUCAGAGAAGGUUGAUGAAGUGCCAACAUCAUAUGGUGUAGCUAACAAUUCUUGGAGAAUUUUCACAUACAAGGAGUUGCAUACAGCUACAAACGGGUUCAGUGAUGAUUAUAAGCUUGGUGAAGGUGGGUUUGGGAGUGUCUAUUGGGGAAGAACCAGUGAUGGGCUACAGAUAGCAGUGAAGAAACUGAAAGCAAUGAACUCAAAGGCAGAGAUGGAAUUUGCUGUAGAAGUUGAAGUGCUUGGAAGGGUUAGGCACAAAAAUUUGUUAGGUCUAAGGGGCUAUUGUGUUGGCGAUGAUCAAAGGCUUAUUGUCUAUGAUUACAUGCCAAAUCUAAGUCUGCUUUCUCAUCUCCAUGGUCAAUAUGCUGGUGAAGUGCAACUCAACUGGCAAAAGAGAAUGAGCAUUGCAAUUGGCUCUGCUGAAGGCAUUUUGUACUUGCACCAUGAGGUCACACCCCACAUCAUUCAUAGAGACAUCAAGGCAAGUAAUGUUUUGCUUGAUUCAGAUUUUGUGCCUCUAGUUGCUGAUUUUGGUUUUGCAAAGCUAAUACCAGAAGGAGUUAGUCACAUGACAACCAGGGUUAAGGGUACCUUAGGAUACUUAGCACCUGAGUAUGCUAUGUGGGGAAAAGUUUCUGAAAGCUGUGAUGUCUAUAGUUUUGGAAUUCUUCUAUUAGAGCUAGUAACUGGUAGAAAGCCCAUAGAGAAGUUACCUGGUGGGCUUAAGAGAACAAUAACUGAAUGGGCUGAGCCUUUGAUAACCAAAGGAAGGUUUAGGGAUAUGGUUGAUCCAAAACUCAGAGGAAACUUUGAUGAAAAUCAAGUUAAACAGACAGUUAAUGUAGCUGCUCUUUGUGUGCAAAGUGAGCCUGAGAAACGACCAAACAUGAAGCAAGUUGUUAGUCUUUUGAAAGGACAAGAACCUGAUCAAGGGAAAGUGACUAAGAUGAGAAUUGAUAGUGUCAAAUAUAAUGAUGAAUUACUGGCACUUGAUCAACCUAGUGAUGAUGAUUAUGAUGGAAACAGCAGCUAUGGUGUUUUUAGUGCUAUUGAUGUCCAAAAGAUGAAAGAUCCUUACAAGAAAAUUGGCUAAAUUUAUGUAAUGUAACCAACUUAAAUGCUUUGUUAUGUAUUGGUAAUUUAUUCCAUUUGGUAGUAGAACUAUUUUGUAAUGACUAAUAGGUUCAUUCAUCUUAGACCAACUCUUGUAUUGUAGAAUCUUUAAAUUGAUAUUAUUUAUGUGUUUUUCAUAUGAGCACUUUCGAUUA